AAGAAGAAGAAGAAGAAGAAGAAGAAGUCCUUCCUUUCAGGAGCUCCACACGUGUUUCUUUGAGUGUUGGAGGCAGAAUUGAAGCGGCAUCAGGAGAAGUUUCCAGUCCGUCGCUUGGUCGCUAAUCUUCAGCUAACAUGAAACCAGGUUUCACUCCCCGUGGAGACAGAGGAGGACGAGGCGGGGGCCGCGGCGGCUUCAGAGGCGGGUUUGGAGACCGGGGUGGACGUGGAGGAGGAAGAGGUGGUGGAUUUAGGUCUCCAGACGGUGGAGGAUUUCGUGGCCGUGGGGGUGGCAGAGGCACCCCAAGAGGAAGAGGAGGCAGAGGAGGAGGAAGGGGUGGUGGCAGAGGAGGCUUUGGAGGAGGGAAGAAGGUCCUGAUUGAGCCUCACAGACAUGAAGGGGUCUUUAUCUGCAGGGGGAAGGAGGAUGCCCUGGUAACCAAAAACAUGGUGGUGGGGGAAUCGGUGUAUGGAGAAAAGAGGAUGAGCGUCGAGGAAGGAGAGACAAAAAUCGAAUACAGAGCCUGGAAUCCUUUUCGUUCCAAGCUGGCGGCAGCCAUCUUAGGAGGAAUUGACCAGAUCCACAUCAAACCCGGAGCCAAGGUCAUGUACCUGGGCGCUGCCUCGGGUACCACCGUGUCCCACGUGUCGGACAUUGUUGGACCAGACGGGCUGGUCUAUGCAGUGGAGUUCUCCCAUCGAUCCGGUCGAGAUCUGCUGAAUGUGGCAAAGAAACGCACCAACAUCAUUCCCAUCAUAGAAGACGCCAGGCAUCCGCACAAAUACCGGAUGCUGGUCGGCAUGGUGGAUGUGAUUUUUGCUGACGUGGCGCAGCCUGACCAGACCAGGAUUGUUGCUCUGAACGCUCACAACUUCCUGAAAAAUGGAGGACACUUUGUCAUCUCCAUAAAGGCUAAUUGCAUCGACUCGACAGCAGCACCAGAAGCAGUUUUUGCUUCUGAGGUGAAGAAAAUGAGCGCUGAGAACAUGAAACCUCAAGAACAGCUGACUCUGGAGCCCUAUGAGAGGGACCAUGCUGUGGUGGUGGGCAUCUACAGACCUCCACCUAAACAGAAGAAAUGAGUGGAAAAUGGACAGAAGGUGACUCCACCAUCACUGUCCACUCCAAAGAAAUCCCCUUCAAGUCACCCCGUCUACCUGAAAUACGCUUCCAACUCUUGAUUCCAUCGCAGGAAUACCUUCAUGUUCUUUAAUAGGCUGCUUUAGUUUGUCAUUUUUAACAUGUUGAUGUAAAAUAACGUUCGACCCAUCUGCUUUUUAUGCCUUAAAAAAAAGAUGACAUAACUUUGAGGGUUAGAUUGUGUUUAAUACAUGGUAAUUAAGAUAUAUCUUAAACCUUAACAUACAAUAGAUUUGGAUCUUAAAUGAAUAAAUCUGUAUUCUCUCCAAAGUCUAAGUACAGCACUGUAGAAACCGAUAACUGUGAGAACUUUGCUUUAGAAA